AUGCUCAAUUAUUCCAGCACAGCUAAGCUAAACAAACUGGUGUUCGGUGAGCCUCUUCAAAUUCCUGUGUCACGUCUGAUUGAACUGAUUGCACACAGUCCGAUUCGACGUAUCAAUAUCGGUCUGAUCAGACAUUUUCCGAUUCUGACAAUGGAGGAUUGUGAACGACCGUUUAUGGAUUUUUUGUUGGCCGACACCAUGUUCAGUCUAAAUAGUUGUGAUAUGACUGCUCUCCCGAUGUUGGGAUUUCUGGGUUCACUGACUCUUUGUGUCACGUUCAGUGGUAUUCAAAUAGAAGGAAUCGUAGAAACUGUUAUUUUGAUCACAAACGAGAAAAAGUUGAGCGAAAAAUAUGAAAUAUUGGAAGAUUGUCAUACCUAUGAACGUGUGGCUAUGGCCUAUCACCUGAUUAUCGUGUCCGGUCACGCGGCAUACUUUCACUACAAUGACUCGAAUCACGGAGACAAUUUGAUUGUGUGCAACGCCGAACCGCCAGUGCAAUAUUUCAGUGGAAUGGACUUUAUGAAAUACUUGCAAGCUGUAUUAGUUGUCAAUCGUUGGCGUUUAUUACACUUUUACGGAUCAGAUAAAUCCGAGCACGGUUGGACUCGUUUCGUCUCGACCGCGAUUUACGAUCGAUCAAUACAAUUGACUGAGGACGGUGUAAAUGUGGCCAAACAGGCCUCUGUGUCUGGUUUGUUCCCAAAUCGAUUUCGAAAUCUGAGCAACGCCAUUCUCAAUGNCGGCAUUGUUCCGGAAAUACCAUACGUGAUCAGUUAUAAUUUGACGCAAGACAAUGAGAUGGUGAAUGCGACCGGGAUCAUUAUAGAUCUGUUGGAUUUGAUGGCCAAGCGGUUUAACUUUCGGUAUCGUUUAUUGGUUCCGGCUGAUAUGCAGUAUGGCGUACAAAUGGAAAAUGGCAGUUGGACGGGGUUGAUCAAAGAUCUACUGAACAAGAGAACUGACUUGAUUGGUUCGUGUUUGUCACAAACUCUGAGUCGAUAUCGCAUAGGAAAAUUUAUCGGUCUGGUCGAUGAGGAUGAGGUGGCCAUACUGAUGAGUCGAUCCACCACCAAGGGUGCUGAAUUCUCCAUGUUAACCGUAUUUCAGCCGUAUGUUAUGCUCACCCUAGCCGGAGCCGCACUUGUUGGCAGCGUGCUACUCUACCUAAUUAAUUGGUUGAGCCCGUACAGUUGCCGGAGCUGUCACAUUCCGAACGCGGAGGUGUUCGAGGCCAGUUUUCAGGAACAGUGUGCCAUAUUUUUGAAAGGAGGCUUGUCCCAAAAUACGCUCUAUUAUCCUCGUUCCCCGUCUGGCCGAAUUUUGCUUUUAUCCUACUGGGCCAUGGUGUUCACUUUGUUCUGUGGAUGGAAAGCAGACGUGACCGCUUUUCUUACGCACAAAAAGAUUGCCUAUCCGAUCAACUCAUUUGAAGAUCUGGCUUCCAGUACCGAGUACAAUCCGUUGGUUGUCAGCGGGUCAUCUAUCCUCGGAUUCCUGAAAGAACUAUACAACGAGAUUAUGGUUCGUAUGUCCAGUAGCGGGAUUAGCGCGAACAGUACGGAUGAUGGGGUGCAAAAAGUGCUCACGAAUUCGCAGAAUGUGCUCAUCGGAAGCUAUUCGGUGCUCAAGUUCAUUCAACAAAUGCGUUGCACCGAACUCGUUGUGAUUCCGAAACGCGUGGAUCAGGGGCAGAAAGCGAUGAUGACCAGAAAAGAUGUGGAUUGGGGUCAGGACAUGGAUAUGUAG